AUGUGGGAUUUAUUGACAGAUAAUAGUGACAGAAUCUGGAUUAAAUGGUGCAAGGUUUACCUCAUCAAAGGUAGGAACUUGUGGUCUUUGGACAUCCCUUACUCUUGUUCAUGGAGUUGGAGGAAACUCCUACAGCUGAGACAUCCUACUUGGUUCAUUAUCAAGCACCAGAUUUGCAAUGGUUCAUCUACAAACUUUUGGUUUGAUAAUUGGCUUCCUGGGGGCCCUCUAAGCCUUAGAUUUCCAUCACAAUUACUCUUUAAUGCAGGAUAUGACACUGCAACUACAGUUAGCUGCUUCAUAUCUAACAAUUAUUGGUCCUUUCCACUGUCUUUGUCUUCAGUGACUUCGGAACUGCUUCCCCUGCCAGCCCCAUCCAGCAAUGAGAAUGAUAAAUUGCUAUGGUCCAUAGCACCUUCAGGAAAAUUCAGUCUCAAGCACACUUCGGCCUACUUCUCUCCUUCUUCUCCUCAGGUUCCAUGGUACAACCUUGUAUGGUGGUCUCCUGCAAUCCCAAGAAUGAAAUUUAACCUCUAG